UCUCCCGUAUCUCUUGUCUGGGAGGAGGAGGGGGAGUCCUGCCUCUUUGCCUUCCUCAGAUCAAUGCCCUGGCCACUCACUUUCUGAUGUUGCACGACGGGAAAUGCUUUGAAUACUUGCGACAUGGCUGCGCGCAUUGAUUGCCAAGAUUGACAGCAUCGUCUUCUCUUGUCUGAGUGUGUGAGAGAGGGAGAUAAAGACCAGAUAGACGGUUAACAAAGGUACUUGUAGUUUUGUACAACUGAACUUCACAGAGAGUGGACGGGAUCCCCUCCUAUGGCCCCGAGUGAGCAGACUUAAGUUUUCGCUCAACAGAUAGCUCGGUGAUCAUUUUCAGUAAAGUAUAGCCGAGACUAGUUGCUGUUCUUUGCGCACGGGGAAGGACGCAAAAGUAGGCAAUCAUCAGCACGGCUCACACCAACAAGGUUAUUUACAUGAAUUCAAAAUCAACCAACCAGUGAUUGCUGGAAGCUGAGACUUUCAGUUUUUAACCCCACACGCUGACAUGGAGGGCUUUCUUCGUAGCAGCUUUUUACUGAGCAGAGUCAUGUCUUCCAAGCAAGCCACGUCUCCUUUUGCCUCUGUGGUUGAUGGGGAUGAUGCCAUGAGUCAGGAGCAUUUGUCUUGGGAGAAAGAGGAGAGCGCAGAGGCCCAUGGCACACCACAGCUGCCGCUGCACAGUCUGCUUCACGGAAAAGCCCCUGAUGAAAUGCAGCCGCUCAGCAGCGUACCAUCAGAAAGCGAUUGGGACAGCCUGGUGUCAGCCCAGCAGCGCAUGGAAUCUGACAGCAAUAAAGUAUGCUCCCUGUACUCUUUCCGGAACAAUUCCACUUCCCCACACAAGCCUGAGGAGGGGGCCCGGGAGCGAAGUGACCUGCUGAGCGGAUCAGCGUUUGGAACUCCAGAGCGCCGCAAAGGAAGCCUGGCAGACGUAGUGGACACUCUGAAGCAGAAGAAGCUAGAGGAGAUGACAAAGACAGAGCAAGACGAAUCCUCGUGCAUGGAGAAACUUCUUUCUAAAGACUGGAAAGAGAAGAUGGAGAGGCUCAACACAAGUGAACUGCUGGCAGAAGUAAAAGGUACUCCUGAGAGCCUGGCCGAAAAGGAACACCAGCUCUCCACGAUGAUCACUCAGCUGAUCAGCUUGCGAGAGCAGCUCCUGGCUGCUCACGAUGAACAGAAGAAGCUGGCUGCCUCACAGAUGGAGAAACAGAGGCAGCAAAUGGAGUUAGCUCGUCAGCAGCAGGAGCAGAUUGCAAGACAACAGCAGCAGCUUCUGCAGCAACAGCACAAAAUCAACCUCCUCCAGCAGCAGAUCCAGCAGGUCCAGGGUCACAUGCCUCCGCUCAUGAUCCCCAUUUUUCCACACGACCAACGCACUCUAGCAGCAGCAGCUGCCGCCCAGCAAGGCUUUCUCUUCCCCCCAGGAAUGUCUUAUAAGCCAGGUGAUAACUACCCGGUGCAGUUCAUUCCAUCCUCAGUGGCAGCUGCAGCAGCGUCAGGACUCAGCCCCCUCCAGCUUCAGCAACUGUAUGCUGCCCAGCUUGCCAGCAUGCAGGUCUCUCCCGGAGCCAAGAUGCCUCCACUCCCCCAGCCACUCACGGCUAGUGGGCCCAUUUCUCCGUCAUCUCUGAAGAAUGACAAGAGUUCCUCCAGCCCCAUCACUCAAGUCAAGGAGGAGGGAACACAGCCCCUCAACCUGUCUGCUCGGCCAAAGACGACAGAACUGAUCAAAUCUCCUACGUCCCCAACACAAAAUCUGUUCCCCGGCAGUAAAAGCAGCCCUAACAGCUUCAUGAGCAAGGGGGGUACCCCCAGCCCACUUGGAGGUCUGGGCCGGGGAUCUUCUCUGGAUAUUCUGUCCAGCCUAAACUCUACCGCGUUGUUCGGGGACCAGGACACAGUGAUGAAGGCCAUCCAGGAAGCUCGGAAAAUGAGGGAGCAGAUCCAGAGGGAACAGCUGCAACAUCACCAGCAGGGCAUGGAGGCAAAGCUGUCUGCCCUCACUUCAGUGGGCCUCAACAACUGCAGAGCUGACAAGGAAAGAGCACACUUUGACAGCAUUGGGCACCACCUUGGCAAGCUGGGUGAGGAUGGAAAGCUUGGCCACAGAGUUAUUGACCUCACCAGGCCAGAAGAUCUAGAUGGAGGCGCUGGACCUACCGAGGCGCGAGUCUUCAGGGAAUCUCGGGGAAGAAACAACAACGAGCCCCACAUUAAAAGGCCAAUGAAUGCAUUCAUGGUGUGGGCCAAGGAUGAGCGGCGCAAGAUCCUCCAGGCUUUCCCCGACAUGCACAAUUCCAACAUAAGCAAAAUUCUGGGUUCCCGGUGGAAGUCCAUGUCUAACCAGGACAAACAGCCCUACUAUGAAGAGCAGGCUCGUCUAAGUAAGCUUCAUCUAGAGAAGUACCCAAACUACAAGUACAAACCACGGCCUAAGAGGACCUGCAUUAUUGACGGAAAAAAACUCCGCAUCGGAGAGUACAAACAGAUGAUGCGUUCACGGCGACAAGAGAUGAGGCAGUUCUUUACUGUGGGGCAGCCACCGCAGAUUCCCAUCACCACAAGCGCCAGCAUGGUCUACCCUGGGGCCAUCACCAUGGCGACCACCACACCCUCACCUCAGAUGACAUCGGAGUGCUCAAGUGCCUCAGCGAGUCCUGAGCCAUCCAUUCCCGUCAUUCAGAGCACCUACAACAUGAAGCUAGAGCCCACUGGCAUGGUGAACAACAGCGAGCCGGUCAAUGGCGAGGAUGAAAUGGACAUGUACGAAGAUUUUGAGGACGAGCCCAAAUCAGACUAUAGCAGUGAAAAUGACACACAAGAGCCAGUCAGUGCCAACUGAGACCUUUUAACCGAAGAGGCCAGUGCAGAAACAGUACUCAUACAGGAGGAUGCCCAGAGGGCUGGUCUGAUCUGAGGGAGGGAAAGAACAAAAGAAAACAAAAACUACACCACAAAAGG